GCCACAACAACAUACUGAAGCGAUCCAGUCAGUCUCGCCCCUCCGCUCUCAGCAGCAUCAUCAUCGUCCCCACCGGGUCCGGUGGCAGAGAGGAUGGUUCAGCGGAAUAGCAGCCGGGGAUGCGAAUGACAGUAAUAGGAUAAUGGCCCUCGAUUUACGCAAAUUUCCGAAUGUGCGACUAGUGACCAAGUGAAACGACCGUGGCAGGAAAAAACUGAACCAUGUUGCUCUAAGUUGUGACCUGUGGUGAACGGGGGAGGAGGAAGAGGAGGAGGAAGGCGGUGCAGGCAGGCAGGCAGACAGGCAUCUGCCACAGCUCCCUUUAGGCGGGCGGCCCUUUGCAAGCUUGAAGCCAUGGGCAACACAGCCACCAAGUUCCGCAAGGCCCUGGUGGGGGGUGAUGAGGCUCUGGCCUGGCAGCUGUAUGAGGGCAACCCUCAGUUCAGGGACGGCCUGGACCCAAAUGCGUCGUACGGAGAGCAGUACCAGCACAACACGCCCCUGCACUAUGUGUGCCGCCACGCCAUGACACGUCUGCUCAGGUCCUUCCUGUUCAGUAAAGAGGGGAACCCCAACAAGCGCAAUGUGCACAACGAGACGUGCCUUCACGUGCUGUGCCAAGGCCCGCAGAUCCUGCUGCUGCCAGAGGGAGCACUGUCCCCACGACUGGCCCGACCCCAGAGGGACGAGCAGCGUCGUGCCGACUGCCUGCAGAUGAUCCUGAGCUGGACGGGCGCCAGGCUGGAGGGAGGCCAGUAUGAGAAGGCCAAUGUCAACGCCACCGACAAUCACCACAGCACCUGUCUUCACUAUGCUGCUGCUGCAGGCAUGAAGAGCUGUGUAGAGCUGUUGAUCCAGAGCGAGGCAGACCUUUUUGUGGAGGAUGAGGACAAGUUGACGCCAUGUGACCAUGCCGAGCGGCAUCACCACACCGAGUUGGCUCUCAGCCUGGAGUCCCAGAUGGUUUUCUCCUCUUCAGCUCAGCAGUCAAACACAGACGCACAUGGUGAAACCAACCUGCUGCAAUACAAAGAGCCUUAUGAGGGACUGAAGCUUCAGGACUUGCGCAGGCUGAAAGACAUGCUGAUCGUAGAGACGGCAGACAUGCUGCAAGCCCCCCUCUUUACUGCAGAGGCCCUGCUCCGAGCACAUGACUGGGACAGAGAAAAGCUUCUGGAAGCCUGGAUGUCAGACGCUGAGGGCUGCUGCCAGCGCUCAGGUGUGACCAUGCCGACACCACCACCCAGCGGCUACAAUGCAUGGGACACCCUACCCUCACCUCGCACCCCUAGGACUCCGCGCUCACCCCUCACACUCACCCUCACCUCCCCGACCGACAGCUGCCUCACACCUGGAGAGGAGGGCCUGUCUUCGUGUGGAAUCUGUCUCUGCUCCAUCUCAGUGUUUGAAGAUCCAGUGGACAUGUCCUGUGGACAUGAAUUCUGCAGAGCAUGCUGGGAAGGGUUCCUCAAUGUAAAGAUUCAGGAAGGUGAUGCACACAAUAUCUUCUGCCCGGCCUAUGAGUGCUACCAGUUGGUGCCGGUGCAUGUGAUAGAAAGCGUAGUUUCCAGAGAGAUGGACCAGCGAUAUCUACAGUUUGACAUCAAGGCCUUUGUUGAGAACAAUCCUGCUAUCCGAUGGUGUCCUGCAGCUCGUUGUGAGCGGGCGGUGCGACUCACCCGACCAGGCCCCGGGGACAGUGACCCACACAGUUUCCCCCUCCUGCCCUCCCCAGCUGUUGAUUGUGGCAAGGGUCACCUUUUCUGCUGGGAGUGCCUUGGCGAGGCCCAUGAGCCAUGUGACUGUCAGAUGUGGAGGAACUGGCUCCACAAAGUCACAGAAAUGAAGCCUGAGGAGUUGGCAGGUGUGGGUGAGGCCUAUGAGGAUGCGGCUAACUGUCUGUGGCUGUUGACAAACUCAAAACCGUGUGCCAACUGCAAAUCACCCAUUCAGAAGAAUGAGGGCUGCAAUCAUAUGCAGUGUGCCAAGUGUAAGUAUGACUUUUGUUGGAUAUGUCUGGAGGAGUGGAAGAAGCACAGCUCAUCAACAGGAGGCUAUUAUCGCUGUACUCGUUAUGAAGUCAUCCAACAGCUAGAGGAACAGUCCAAGGAGAUGACUGUGGAGGCAGAAAAGAAGCACAAAAGUUUUCAGGAGCUGGAUCGUUUCAUGCACUAUUAUACUCGCUUUAAGAACCAUGAACACAGUUAUAAGUUGGAGCAGAAGUUACUUAAAACAGCUAAAGAGAAGAUGGAGCAGCUGAGCAGAGCCUUCAUUUGCCGUGAAGGCACUCCUCCAGACACACGGUUCAUUGAGGACGGUGUGUGUGAGCUGCUGAAGACGCGACGUGUCCUGAAGUGCUCUUACCCAUACGGCUUCUUCCUGCAGCAAGGCAGCACCCAGAAAGAGAUAUUUGAACUCAUGCAGACAGACCUUGAAAUGGUUGUGGAGGAUCUGGCUCAGAAGGUCAACCGGCCGUACCUGAGGACUCCCUGCCACAAGAUAAUCACUGCAGCCCGUCUGGUGCAGCAGAAGAGGCAAGAAUUCCUGGCAUCAGUGGCUCGAGGUGUUGCUCCCAACGAUUCUCCUGAUCCUCCCCGCAGGAAUUACCCUGGAGGAUCAUGGGACUGGGAGUACCUCGGCUUUGCCUCCCCCGAGAUGGGGAGUCGUCACUCUAUACUAGGAGCAGCAGAUCAAAGAGAGAGACAGUCCCAGGAUUAUGCUGACAUCCAGUACCGUCGUAGACACAGGCCGCGGCGCAGAGGAGACAUGCUGAGUCUGCUCAACCUUAGAAGCGGCAGCAACACACCAGAGACCAGCAGGAGGAGUGACAGCACAGAAGGUCCAGAGAGAAGUGAGGGUCGCAGAAGAGCGCUGGGCUCGCUGGAUGAAGAUGAUCCAAACAUUCUGCUGGCCAUCCAGCUGUCCCUUCAGGAGUCCCGCAGAGAGCGAGGCCUGGAGGGAGGGAUUGAGGGAAGAGCGGAGCUGGAUCGAGGAUUGGACAGAGGACAGGAGAGAAGGCCGGGUCCCCCAGGAGAACUGGGUGAUGUUGCUUUGCACUCUCUCAACACAGAUGGUCCUCCAGGAGCCAGAGGCCCCUCCUUCCCCACUUCUCUACUGGAUCCUCCUCGCCCCCCUAACAGGACAGAUUCCACCUCCCAGCCUCCCGCGUCAAACUCCUUUCCCCUUCCUCCCCCACCUCCCUCUCUCAGUGCAGAGUUGCUGGAACUGGGAGACAGCCUUAUGAAACUGGGGAACAUUACCACUCCUUAUAACCUAGAAACACACACACAGGAGCAGCUCUGCUCUCACCACACGUACAACCACAGUACACUCACUGCUCCCUACACCAUUGAACCUGCUUACAGCGACUGCAGCCAUAGACUAGACCAGAAUGCAUUGACCAAUGUGCUUGACCAUAUCACCAUUACAGAUCCCAGUUACUGCCACUCCAGUGGUUAUUUGGCUGAGGCUGAACACACUGCCUCCAGCGCACUUGAACGCAACCAAAACCCAGCCCAUCCCAGUUCUUAUAACCGGGAACAUGCAGCCACGUGUGAUAGCACCCCAAAACCAGACAACUCUUACAACCCCUGCCCCGAACACAGUAGCUCUUACACUCAGGAGCGCCCUGCCUCCUAUGCUCUUGAACGCCCACCCAAAUCCGACUUCCAGCCCCCUGCCCAGUUGUGCCUCCCGUCUCCAGAGCUUGAGCCGGAGCUGCUGCUUUCACCGGUGAUCCCCCCGGGGGGGCCUUUCACCCUCAGUGACCCUCAGAGUCUGGAGCCCCUGGACCCCACAGCCAGUGCACAGCUGCUGGACAACAUCAUGGCCUGGUUUAACAACAACAUUAACCCCCAGAACAACCCUCAGAGCCUGGCCCUCAUCCCCUCCCCGCCCACCACAGAAACUGACUCCUCCCCUGACACAAACACUGAGACUGAGUCAGAGAGCCAGACCUCCAGGGACAGGACCCCUGCCCCUAUCUGGCAGCCCCUGGAGGGCGAGCCAGAAGCAGACAGAGGGUUGGUAAGUCCCUGUCUAGGUGCGGAGGGUGCGGAGGGCCCUAAGACGUUGAGGCCCAGUACUCUGGAGCUGGAAAACCGAGAGGCUGGUGAGGAGGGUGUAGACGUAGGGUGUGUGGCUGACCUGUCGCUGGACGAAGCGCACACACACCUGUACUCACACUCCCAAGGUGGAGACAGUCCCACACACACUGCCCCAGCCACAGAGAGAGACUCAGACCUUAUCCUUCACUUAGAGGAGGACCAUUCCCCUGAGGAGUGGGAGGAGCAAGUACACCUGGUGUGACAGCGACAGAACGAUGUAGAGAGAAGGUUGAGCCAAGUACAGAAAGAGAGUGAUAAUAGUAAAGAAGAAAGAAGAUCAAAAACUGGGAAAAUAAAAGAUAAAACGGUGAUGCCUCAAUGAAAGAUGUAGGUCUGCGGAGUGUUUACUGUAUGUAUUAUACUGUAUCUAGAGGAGACAUAAAACCCUGCGAACUUUUGUUCUUCGUUGAUUAUGUCAUAAGCGGUUUCAUUUUUAUUUAUUUUUUAAGUGCUUUUGUCUGCAUUUAAAAACAGACUAACUAUUCUUUGAAACAAAUCGGUGUUUGAAGCAAAGUAUAUCAAUGGAAAGCUACUGAUAUUAUAACACAUUAAAUGCUGCACAUGUUUUGUUUUUCUUAUUUUAUUUAUUUCCUUUAUUUCUCUUGUCAGUUUGUUAAGGGUAAAGUUUUGAUGCUGAAUUUGCUGAAAUCGAAACUUGCCUCGCAUACUCAGUCUUUUAUUAACACACCGACCUAACCACGAGCAUCCUGGAGCCAAACAUGAUAACUGUAACCUUGGAGCUUGUUUAGCGUACUGUACAAUCAGAGGGCCUAAUUCUGAUUUUUGGACCUUCAUGCACACUGUGCCUGCUUCGUUAGAGCGCCAACACAUUACUGGAGUUUCCUUUUGGUAGGCUGCAAUGAAGGGCGAUCCAUUUGUCUGCUCAGUAGACGUCAUGCUAGUACAACGUGCUUAUCUGGAUUAUUUGACAGUCAUAAUUCUUGUGUAAUGCUCCAGUGAUCACAGAACAGAUAUCGGCUUGUCCCUUUGAACAGGGACGUCUGUGGUCGGUCUCAGCCAAGAGUCAGUAGUGCUCACUGCAACACCGUGCUACCCAUUCUAUAAAAUAAUCUGUCUUUAUUGGAGAUGAGCUGUGUCUUCUUAUUACUGUAUUUUACAACUGCUUUGGAUCAGUUUUCACAGCUGUUUCAAUUUGCAAAACUCUUGUAGACCUACUUCUAUAAUGUCAAUUUUGGCAAUUGUCACAAUUGCGUGUCACGGAAAUUGAAUCACUGUUUAUCAAAAUAAGAUGGCUCUCUUCAAAACAUAUAUUUAAUGGAUAAAACUAGAUCAGGUCAUGUAUGAUAGUAGAAGAGUCUGACUUUACACUACAUUAAGUCUUAUAUUCUUAUAUUUUGUUUUAAAAGGUAAGAAUAUAUCAAGUCAGUCUGUCUCUUUGUACAUUGACACUGUUGAGAAAACUGAGCCAAUGCAGUCAAUACUCAACGUGUAAACACUCAUUUAGUUCAUUUUUAACGUAUCUAUCCCACUACUGAUGAUUAUUGCAGUUGAUAGAUGGGAGAUGAGUUGUGUUUUUACUGUAAUUUAUCCUUUUUAAUUUCUUAAUAUAGAAAUGACAUUUUUUUGAGACCAGAGUUGUUGGGUCUGUGUGCCUUUUUGUUACAAUUGUAUUUGUUUAUUUGUUGGUAUUUAUUAUUGUCAUUACUUUUUAAACAUGCUAAACAAAGUUGCUAAUGAAUGAAAAUGAAGAACACACCACUUUGGCUCUUGCCAUACACAGAUGUUCUUGAUGUACAUUAGUAUUGGUUGUCCUCGUACCCCAGGUGUAUCUUAUUUUACCUUGUCCCCAGAGAAGAAAUGCUUUGAAGAUAUGUGAAAAGUAAUCAUGGGUCUUUAGUGUUUCCACUUUAAUCAACACCAAUCUUAAAGUUGUUCAAAUGUUGUUCAUCUUUUGGUUUUUCUUGAAAUGGCACUCUGAAUCCUAGUUUGUCACUCAGCCUUUAUCUUUAAACUUUAUUGCCCAACUUUAAUGUUUACAAGAGAAUUAAACUGCCUGUUAUGUUGAGAUGUGAUCUGGUGCUUUUGGGACUGAAAGGAGGAUAAUGGAGCGUUAUUAAUCAUAUUUUCAUGGCAGACCAGACAAAUGUAAAGAUAUUCUGGUUUUGUUAAAAUGUCUCCCUCUACUUUACAAUAGGUGCCAGUUAUACAGAAUGUGAUAUGCAAUUAAAAUGCAUCACUAAUAAUUAAUAGUGUUAAUGAGUUAAUUAAUAUAUGAGUUUUUAGCCUGUUUGAAGUGUGAGGUCUGGAGUGCUCCACUGGAGAGAUAAAACCCCUAAAAUAAUUUUCCUCUUCGUGUUGAACAUUAAACUGUGACGGUGCUGAACAGGUUGUAUGUGCUUAUAUUUAGACAUUUCAUAAAGUGCGAGGGCAGCUGGUGUUGCCCUUAACAUUUCAGACAUUGUUUCCUGAGGAAUGGUUUAAUAAACAUUUGUUUAGGUUGCAUGGUUGCAACAGGAUACACAAUGGAAGAGUCUGGGAUCUUUUAAUUUGCACAAGCAUGCUGUUAAUGUGUUGCACUAAUCCAGUGCUGUCAGGCAAGAUGUGGAGGACUGAUCAGUGUUGCUUUUAUUAUAGUUAUUAUUUGCUUUUUUGGUUUUCUUGAUUUAGAAGUGCCAUUUUCUACUGCAUAUACAGUAUAAUGUUUAUAUUUUAACGAUCCCUCAACCAACCACUUCAGAAUUAAAAAAACAAAAAUGAAAUUGCACUUGCAUAGAUUAUACUUGAUACAUUCCCAGUCGGUCCAUAAAAGAAGGUUAGAUGUGGGGCCAAAACUGUAAAUGAAAGUGUCAGUGCAAAGUUUACUCUCAAUAAAAACAACUGAAAGUG